AAACCAGACUCAGUUGGGGCCAGUUCUCCUCUGACCAGACGACCAGCACUUAACUUGUCAGAUAGUGUAAAUGACUAAGUGAACGCAGCAGGACGGGCAGGACUAUAAUGUGAUAUCAGUAUGGAGUGUCCCCUAAUUCUACGACCCCUGCCUAAAAGUGUGUGUAAUAAUGGUCACUUACAUACAGUAACUAAUAAGACACAUUACUAUACUUAAUUUGUAGUGGAAGUACACACACUGUAAACUAAAGUGCUACCAGUUUAUCAGAUAUUCCACAUAAUACUAUUGCUUUCAUUCACUGGUCCGUUACUUUAAAUACAAGUCACGACUGACCAGUAUUGAGUAGUACUGAAACACUCAAUCAAAAAUCAUUUAACUGCUUUAUUGAUGUAUGCUGACUACAAAACUGUUAAAGAAAAGCAGCUUGUGAGAGUCAAGAACAAGAGCUAAAAAGAGAGAGUUAGUGUUUCUGCUUCUUGUACGUACUGAACACUCUUCAGAUAAGGAGGAGGAACUGCUGAGUGUGCUGUCAUUUCAGUUAUUGCCCUUCUGUUGACCAUUGGAAUUAAAUGUAUAUAUAGUCUGUCAUUUAAUUCAAUUAAACAAUAGAUCUAUCUUCAACCACAAACUUAAUAUUCAACCUAAAUCAUUAAAUUAAUUGUUUUCCGUUUUAAUGUAAUAUGAAGAUCAAGAUCAGGGUUUCUUCGUGAUUGAGAACAUCACAAAGGUUCUGUAGUUGCAGUAUUAAGAUAAAGCAUAUCUUAUAAAUGUUUUCUCUGUGUGAGUUUCUGUUUCGGGUGAGCGGGACUUUUAUUUUGGCGCGGCGACAUGACGUCAUAAGGCGGCGACGCGUUCUUGCGUCUGUUUCAGCUGCAGAAAGAUAGAGACCUGCUGAAGAGACCGAGGUCCAUGCGUCACUGUCAGAAAGAUGGCCUUUAUUAAAGAGGAGAGAGAAGAUGUGAAGAUUGAAAAAGCAUUUUCUGUCAAGUGUGAAGAUACCGAGGAACACACAGAGAAGACGUUUAUCAAACAUGAGAGUGAAGACGUGAAGAUUGAAGAAGCUAAACAUGAAGAUAUUAAAGAACAAACAGACCUGAUGACGCUGAAAGAGGAGAAUCAAGAAUUGAAUGCAAUUCAAAAGAAAAAUCAUUAUGACAAAUGUCAGGAUGUCAUGUCUGGGGAAAAAUCUUUUUCUUAUUCUCCGACUCAAAAAAUAGAAACUAGAUAUGUUGAAUUCCAGAUGAGAGUUCACACUGAUGAGAAGCCUUACACCUGCAAGCUGUGUGGAAAGAGUUUCCCAAAAAAACUAAGUGUUAAUGUUCACAUGAGAAAUGUUCACAAUGCAAAGAAGCCAUUCAAAUGCUCUCAGUGUGGAAAAAGUUUUAAACAGAAACGGCAUCUUAAUUCCCAUGUGUCAACUCACACUGGAGAGAAGCCUUAUACCUGCAAACUGUGUGGGAAGAGCUACACAAGAAAAGAAAAUCUUAAAUAUCAUAUGAGUGCUCACACUGGAGAGAGACCUUACACUUGUGAACUGUGUGGGAAGAGCUACAAAAGAAAGGAAAAUCUUACAUUUCACACAGGAAUUCACAGCGGAGAGAAAACGUUCAUCUGCUCUCAGUGUGGAAAGAGUUUUAAACAGAAGAAGUACCUCAAUGAUCACAUGACAAUUCACACGGGAGAGAAGCCGUUUGUUUGUGAUCUGUGUGAAAAGAGUUUCAGGUGUAAAGGACACCUUGAUCUUCACAUGAAGAGUCACUCGGGAGAGAACUGUUUUAUAUGUCAGCAGUGUGGGAAGAGUUUCUCACACAAAGGAAACUUUGAGAAUCACAUGAGAACUCACUCCGGAGAGAAACCCUUCACCUGUCCUCAGUGUGGAAAGAGCUUCACGGCUAAAGGAAAUCUUAAGAUUCACAUGAGAAUUCACACUGGAGAGAAGCCUUACAAGUGUCCUCAGUGUGACACCAGCUUCACGUAUCACACAGACCUGAAACGACACUGGAAAACUCAUUCCUGUCACACUGAGCAAAUUGGCAAUUUUAACAGUUAUCUGCACAUUCCCUCAGAAGAAAGACAAUUCAGUUCUGAGUCCAAUUAAAACAUUGCAUUAGCACAUUCAUUAGGGUCACCAUAAGUCAUUUUUCCCUGGCGCAGACACAUCCUAGCCAGGAGUCCUAUAUAGCCUAAAAUAUCUAGGUUUUGGCUUUGUAAUUCACAGAUCGGUGUAUGACAUUGGUUCCUUAUGUUUUCAAAAUGUACUUUGAAUCAGAAUACAGAUGCUGGCAAGGACGUGUCUGGGAAAAAUGGCACACAUAGUCGCCCUAUGAAUGCACCCGAUUGUACUCUUUAAGUCUUAUUCCGACAGGACUAGUUUUACGUGAAGAGGUGCAAUGAAGUAUUACCAGUAAUAUAUAAUUUUGUACAAUGUCAGUUAAGAUCACGGUGACCUUGGGUAAUGCUAAUCCCACACUAAUAUAUUAGCUGUAAAUAUGUACAGUCAGUAUGAUUUCACCUAUAGGGUGAAUAAGUGUGAUCAAUAGGGAAAAACAUGUCUUGUGUAACAGCCCUAGGGCCCACUUGGUAGCGUGAGACUUUGACAUGGAUGCUUACCUGUCUGUCUGCAGUGAACUGUUCAUGAAAAGAAUAUGUUACAGGAUGGCAUGAUGAGGGCGACUCUCAAGGCAGCCUCCUGGUUGGUUGAGAAGUGAGGGAUUUUAUUGACUUCAUAUCUCAAGAAAUGUAUUUCAAGUACCUUUGAUAAGCUGCUGUGAGCUUUGUGUGAUGUCUUUGCUCAUAGACUUCUUGUGUGUGUAAAUUGUCCUUUAUCUCUACAGAGAAUUAAAUUAAAAAAGACAAACUUUUAACUUGUGUGUUACUCUUCACAAUUGUUUUGACUAUUUGACUAAAAAACCUACAACGGUACACAAAUAUUCCAUCAUUUAAGAUUUAAAAGUAGCUUUCUGUGGUUCAUGAUGACUGACAGGACUGAAUGAUCAGUCUCCUCCCGAACCUUUUGGAUCUUCUUC